CUCGGAGACCCGGGUUCCCGGUAUCCGGGCGGCCCGGGGGCCCAGGGCCGGGAUGCAUCGCCGCGGGGUGGGAGCUGGAGCCAUUGCUAAGAAGAAGCUUGCUGAGGCCAAGUAUAAGGAGCGAGGGACUGUCUUGGCUGAGGACCAGCUGGCCCAGAUGUCAAAACAGUUGGACAUGUUCAAGACUAACCUGGAAGAAUUUGCCAGCAAACACAAGCAGGAGAUCCGGAAGAAUCCCGAGUUCCGGGUGCAGUUCCAGGACAUGUGUGCCACCAUUGGGGUGGAUCCCUUGGCCUCUGGAAAAGGAUUUUGGUCUGAAAUGCUGGGAGUGGGGGACUUCUAUUAUGAGCUAGGUGUCCAGAUUAUUGAAGUGUGCCUGGCCCUGAAGCACCGGAAUGGAGGUCUGAUAACCCUAGAGGAGCUACAUCAACAGGUGUUAAAAGGAAGGGGCAAGUUCGCUCAGGAUGUCAGCCAAGACGACCUCAUCAGGGCCAUCAAGAAACUAAAGGCGCUUGGCACCGGCUUCAGCAUCAUCCCUGUAGGCGGCACUUACCUCAUUCAGUCGGUUCCGGCUGAGCUCAAUAUGGAUCACACUGUGGUGCUGCAGCUGGCAGAGAAAAAUGGCUAUGUGACUGUCAGUGAAAUCAAAGCCAGUCUAAAAUGGGAGACAGAACGAGCGCGGCAAGUGCUGGAACACCUGCUAAAGGAAGGACUGGCCUGGCUGGACUUGCAGGCUCCCGGGGAGGCUCACUACUGGCUGCCAGCUCUCUUCACGGACCUCUACUCCCAGGAGAUCACGGCUGAGGAGGCCAGAGAAGCCCUGCCCUGACUCUGGGAGUGGAGGGGGGCACAGCAGCAGGAAGGAGAAGAGCGAGGAGCUCCUGGUGAAUAAAACCUGAACACUUUUGUUU